AUGUGGAGUAUGAUGAGAAUGAAUUGCGUUUUAUUUCUGUCUCUUCUUUCUCUUGGUGUGACAGCCAGAAAUAUAUAUGAGAGGUCGCUAGUUCCCAGGGCUGCGACCCGCUCAGUGGCCAGAAUGGAUGGCGAUAUCAUCAUAGGUGCCCUGUUUUCUGUCCACCACCAGCCAUCAGCUGAGAACGUGGCUGAGAGAACGUGUGGUGAGGUUAGAGAGCAGUAUGGCAUUCAGAGAGUGGAAGCCAUGUUUCACACUCUGGACAGAAUUAAUGCUGAUCCAUACCUUCUGCCCAACAUUACUUUGGGCUGUGAGAUCAGGGACUCGUGCUGGCACUCAUCAGUGGCAUUGGAGCAGAGCAUUGAGUUUAUAAGAGACUCCCUUAUUUCACUGCGUGAGGAUGAUGAUGGGACAAAGUGGUGCAUGGAUGGGACUCCGUUCAGUCAGCCAGUUGCCACUAAGAAGCCCAUUGCAGGUGUGAUUGGACCAGGAUCGAGCUCAGUGGCCAUUCAAGUUCAAAACCUACUGCAGCUGUUCAACAUCCCCCAAAUUGCUUACUCAGCCACUAGCAUUGAUCUGAGUGAUAAAACCCUCUAUAAAUACUUUCUCAGAGUUGUGCCCUCUGACACUCUUCAAGCCAGGGCCCUUUUGGACAUUGUUAAAAGAUAUAACUGGACAUAUGUUUCAGCUGUUCACACUGAAGGAAACUAUGGCGAGAGUGGGAUGGAGGCCUUUAAGGAGCUGGCAUCUCAGGAGGGUUUGUGUAUUGCCCACUCUGACAAGAUCUACAGCAAUGCUGGUGAAAAACACUUUGACAGGCUACUGCGGAAGCUGAGGGAACGGCUGCCCAAAGCACGAGUGGUGGUCUGUUUCUGUGAGGGGAUGACAGUGCGUGGCCUCCUUAUGGCCAUGAGGCGCUUAGGGGUAGCUGGAGAAUUCCUCCUUAUUGGGAGUGAUGGCUGGGCAGACAGAGAUGAGGUGGUGGAGGGCUAUGAACAGGAAGCUGUGGGAGGCAUCACCAUGAAGCUUCAGACUGAGGAGGUCACAUCCUUUGAUAAUUACUACUUAAAGCUGCGCCUCAAUACAAACACCAGGAACCCAUGGUUCGCUGAGUUCUGGCAACACCGCUUCCAGUGUCACAUCCCAGGGCACCCACAAGAGAACAAGAACUACAAGAAGAACUGCUCAGGUGACCUAGAGCUACGAGAUGGUUAUGAGAGUCUAGAGGAGAACUACGUACAAGACAGUAAGAUGGGGUUCGUCAUCAAUGCCAUCUAUGCCAUGGCUCAUGGCCUCCAUGACAUGCAUGAGUACCUGUGUCCUGAUUAUGUGGGUCUUUGUGAGGCCAUGGACCCCAUUGAUGGCAGCAAACUGCUGGAUUUUCUACUCAAGACCUCCUUCUCUGGCGUAUCUGGUGAGGAUGUGAGGUUUAAUGAAAACGGGGAUUCACCAGGCAGGUAUGAUAUAAUGAACCUGCAGUCUGUGGAGCCUGGUGUGUAUGACUACAUCAAUGUUGGAUCAUGGCAUGAGGGCAUCCUGAGCAUUGAUGAUUAUAUGCUCCAGAUGAACCGAAGCGAGAUGGUCCGCUCAGUCUGCAGUGAGCCCUGCUCUAAAGGGGAGAUCAAGGUUAUUCGGAAGGGGGAGGUGAGCUGCUGCUGGAUCUGCACUGCCUGUAAAGAUAAUGAAUACGUCCAAGAUGAGUUUACCUGCAAGGCGUGUGAGCUGGGCUGGUGGCCUGAUAAAGAGCUGCAAGGCUGUGAGCCACUUCCCCUGCAUUAUCUAAAGUGGAGUCAUGCUGAGUCCAUCGCUGCAGUGGUCUUCUCUUGCCUGGGCAUCCUAGUGACCAGUUUCGUCACUUUUGUCUUCAUUCUGUACAGAGACACCCCUGUGGUCAAAUCCUCAAGUCGAGAGCUCUGCUAUAUCAUCCUAGUUGGCAUCUUACUUGGUUAUAUCUGCCCCUUUACACUCAUAGCCAAGCCCACAGUGGCCUCCUGCUACCUACAACGGCUUUUGGUGGGCCUCUCGGCAUCCAUGUGCUAUUCAGCUCUGGUCACUAAGACCAACCGCAUUGCCCGCAUCCUGGCUGGCAGCAAGAAGAAGAUCUGCACACGAAAACCACGCUUCAUGAGUGCCUGGGCUCAAGUGGUCAUCACAUUCAUCCUGAUUAGUUUACAGCUUACGCUGGAGAUCGCACUGAUCAUUCUGGAGCCCCCAUCACCCAUCAAGUCUUAUCCGAGCAUCAGGGAGGUCUAUCUCAUCUGUAACACCAGCAACAUGGGCAUGGUGGCACCACUCGGUUACAAUGGUCUUCUAAUUCUCAGCUGCACCUACUAUGCCUUCAAAACCCGCAAUGUGCCAGCCAACUUCAACGAGGCCAAGUACAUUGCCUUCACCAUGUACACUACAUGCAUCAUCUGGCUCGCUUUUGUGCCCAUCUACUUUGGCUCCAACUACAAAAUCAUCACAACAUCAUUCUCUGUGAGCCUAAGUGUGACUGUUGCCCUGGGCUGCAUGUUCACCCCAAAGAUGUACAUCAUCAUUGCUAAGCCAGAGAGAAACGUGCGUAGCGCCUUUACCACCUCGGAUGUAGUGCGCAUGCAUGUAGGUGACGGAAAAAUCGCAUGCAGGAGCAACAGCCUUCUCAACAUGCUAAAGCGCAAAAAGAACGCCUCUGGAAAUGCAAAUUCUAAUGGCAAGUCUGUGUCAUGGUCUGAACCAGGUUCAAGACAGCCUCCGAAAGGAGAACACAUGUGGCACAGACUGUCUGUGCAUGUGAAGAAGGAAGCCAGCUCCAAUCAGACAGCUGUCAUCAAACCUCUAACUAAUACCUACCAUGACACAGGCCUGGAAUUCUCAGACCUGAGCACCAAGACUCUGUACAAUGUUGCCGAGGAGGAUGAGGGAGAGCCAGUCAGAUAUAAUCCUCCGGCCAGCCCUCGUCUGAUUGCACACAGGUAUUCAGUUGUCAAUGAGCCUGUGAAGGAAACAAGCACAAAGCAGGAAUUUUAUAUACCAGAGCAACACUUCCCACAGAAAAGUGUUCUCCCUCAGCAGGUCAUUGCAGACCAUUUACAGGACAUUACAACUAAGCUGAAUUCCAGCAUGCCUGAUCUGGACGACAUUAUUAAUUUACCUGAACCAGAAAGCAGAGUGAUGCCACCAUACCGACCCCCCAUUCUGCAGACACAGCAAGUUUCACCCAUUCAGCUGAGACCUUACUCAAACAAACCAGACACUCUGUUAGAGGAGGAGGAGGAAGUGGACAACGAGCAGUUUGGCCUCUUGCAUGGCUACAUGUAUAACAAUGCACAAAUCCAUGAUGAUGAAGAGCUGGUGCAGAUUAAACUUGCAAUGGAGGACUCACUGGCUCUGAUGCCACCCUCUCCUUUCAGGGACUUAGCGGGUUCAGGCAAUCCCAUUCCCAACUCCCCGGUGUCCGAGAACAUCUUAUGCACCCCUCCAAAUGUGACAUAUGCAUCUGUCAUCCUCAGAGACUACAAACAAAGCUCCUCUACCCUGUAA